GGGAAAUGGAGAAAACAAAAAGAAUAAAUAAUAAAUAAAAAAUAAAAAAACGAAAAGGACGUCAACUUGGUUCACAAACGAAAAGUCUGAAACUGCACCUUAACCUUCAGGGGGCACAUAUGUCAAUUCGUCAGAGCAUAUCAACCACGCGUCGGUGAAUACAGAAAUAGUGGACCUGGUUGAUCUUAGGAAUUACAAGGGGCAUUAGUGUAAAUUAAACAAUCGCGAUCAGUUUUCCCCCUCUUCCCUUUAAAAGAGUUGCCUUUCUCAUAACGUUGGUGCUCUCUCACAGCCACCCCAAGUCUCAAAAGCAUAUUAAAGCAUAUGCCUUUUCUGGUUCGCUAAGCGACUUCUUUCUUACUCAUUUUCGUCUCGUCUUCCCCCGAGAACCUCUUGAAUAGAAGCAGAUCAGCUGUCUCGAUUGGAAGAAUUAGGCCAUCCAUUCCGCCUCUUGUAGCUGAUUCAAACAACGCUUGUUCUCUGUUUUCAAGGCAAUCAAUCAGCGAUAAUCUUGAGAGUUAAAAAUCUAAAUGGGAUCACGAGUAGAAGAGACAGUGAUGGAGAGUCCGGGCAAACCACCCGGGAUUGUAUUAGUUGAGAAAAGCAAGAAAUCUCCUCUUUCUUUCCAGUCUUAUCAAAUCAUUGUCCUAUUAGUUACAUUUAUUGCAUACACAUUAUACCAUGCUACCCGAAAAACUACCAGCAUUGUCAAGAGUGCACUUGAUCCUGCAUCAGGAGCUACAAGCACAAAAGAGGUGUUUGGGCUAGGAGAUGGCUGGUCACCAUUUGAUGGUUCAGAUGGCACAGCAUUGCUUGGUGAACUCGAUGUUUCUUUUUUGUUUGUUUAUGCGAUAGGAAUGUAUUUUGCUGGCCAUGUGGGAGAUAGAGUGGAUCUUAGGCGGUUCCUGACUGCCGGAAUGGUUGGAACUGGUUUGUUCACGGCUCUUUUUGGUUUCGGGUUUUGGACGAACAUACACAACUUUUACUAUUACCUGAUCGUUCAGAUGCUUGCUGGAUUGUUUCAAUCCACUGGAUGGCCAUCAGUUGUAGCGGUGGUGGGGAAUUGGUUCGGGAAGAAGAAGAGAGGACUUAUAAUGGGCAUUUGGAAUGCACACACUUCUGUGGGGAACAUUACUGGUUCCUUGGUGGCUUCAGCACUAUUGAAGCAUGGAUGGGGUUGGUCAAUGACUGUUCCUGGCCUAAUGAUUGCUUUUGCUGGUUUGAUGGUGUUCUUCUUCUUGCCGGUUAGUCCACAAUCUGUUGGGGCCAGUGAUGAAGAUAAUGAAGUGCUCUCUCCCGUAAAGGAAGGAGAUGAAGUAGCAGUACCUCUUUUGAGCUCAGCAAAGGAAGAAGUGGAUGAGCAUUCAGCAGUUGGAUUUUUAGAAGCAUGGAGAAUUCCUGGAGUUGCACCAUUCGCCCUUUGCCUUUUCUUCGCGAAACUGGUGGCUUACACAUUCCUGUAUUGGCUUCCAUUUUACAUCAGUCACACAGCAAUUGAGGGAAGGUACUUGUCUAGUGAAGAAGCUGGAAACUUGUCAACUUUGUUUGAUGUCGGAGGGGUUGUCGGGGGAAUCCUAGCUGGCCACAUCUCCGAUAACUUGAAUGCCAGAGCCAUAACAGCCGCAAGUUUUAUGUACUGCGCUAUUCCAGCUCUAUUCUUGUACAGGAAUUAUGGUAACAUCUCCAUGGCAAUGAACAUCGUGCUCAUGUUGAUCACUGGCAUUUUUGUCAAUGGGCCUUAUGCGCUCAUUACAACCGCUGUAUCGGCUGACCUGGGAACACAUAGUUCACUAAGGGGAAACUCCAGGGCUCUAGCAACUGUUACCGCGAUAAUAGAUGGAACUGGCUCAAUUGGAGCUGCGAUUGGACCGUUGCUAACGGGGUACAUUUCAGCUAAGAGCUGGAAUGGUGUUUUCGUGAUGCUAAUGGUAGCAGCUCUGAUAGCCGGUUUGCUCCUAACUCGGCUGGUUGUUGCUGAGGUAGCAGCGAAAAUUGAGGAGUCAAGGUCCAGGCCGCCAAGGACUUUUGCCGUUGAAGUGUGAAUUGCGUGAGUAGUUCAACAUUUUGUUCAGUGUUCUGUGUAAUAUAAGAAAUGCGGCUCGAAUCCUCAGAUGAUGCACAUGAAGAGGGUCAGAGUCUUUAUUCUUUUGAAAAACCAGAAGAAGGUGUUUUAUGUAUCCUUCUUCAAGGGUAGGAAUUUGGAAACGGGGAUCACACGUCAGUUGGAAUGCAGAUAUAUCCAAUACGCAAGCGGGUGUACAAUUUUAAUCAACCGCCGACCGACAUAGGAUGAAGAUAUUGUAAACAAUGGCAACAAUUAUAGAGGAUUGUACAAUUGUAAUAUUUUUGUGUAUGCUUCUGGAAAUCGUCAAAGGUUAUCCGGAACGGUUUCUCUUGCUAAGGAAAAAGAGUUGGGAAAGUACUACAUGCAGAUGGCAACUUUCUUCCACCUUGAACAUGAUUCAGUGGCACAGUUUGUAAUGCCUGGUUCUUUCAUUUUUAGAGAUUGGAAACACCGAAUUCACUAGUUGCAGAAUUAAUAGAAUUUCAUUCCUCCCAUCUACCUUCUUGUUCGAAGGAAGAAAAUCCCCAGGUAGAUAGGUGUGGCAAUUGUGAUCUGUAAUUUAUAGCUACACUCGUGGACAGGUGUACAUGUACUACUCUUUCCUUUGUUAUUUUCUUGUUAGUUUGCUAUUGAAGUUUGACUUGUUGAGGGGCCAAUCUUUCUAGCAGAUUAUGUCACACUAUCGAGUAGUAAUUAGUAAUUAAUAAAUAAGUGUGUCUAGACUCGAUCAGCAUUAAGUCACGGGACGAGUUUUCAUUAUCAUUUCACUUUCCUUAAUCGACUGUUUCUUGACAAGGCAAGUUUCUACUAUAAGGAAAAACCAGCUUAAUCUACUAGCUUCUUGUCUUUUGUCCAUAAAUUUUUCUAGGGGCCUCGAUGGGGUGUGCAGUUCCCUUUUGUUAAAAAAAUAAAAAACUGCUGGGAAGGAAACCAUUGAAAGAGGUAGUCGGGGAUUAUAAAGGAGCCUAAUUCUCAAUGAUUAAAGUUGUAAUUUGCAUGUCGUAUAGGUAGACCAAUGGUUGGCUAGUAACUUGUAGCAGUACAAAAGGCUUUUGAGCACUUGGUUGGUAACACCGUAAAAAUGGAGGUAGGCGGUAGAAAAAGGAGGAGAAUAAGUUAACUAGAAACCAAAAUUUCUCCAGUAAGAGCAUUUUACAAAUUACAAAGCAAAAUUCAAAAAUAGUGUAGUUAGAGCACGCCCACGAGUGGGACUUGCCAAUACGUUACGCCCCCACAUACUAAUUACGGUGGAAUUAUUCUCCCAAUCAGAAAUGACGAAAAGAAGUUGAAGGGGGAAACCAUUGCUGAUCUGAAUCAGCAAACAAAGGCGUUGCUUAAAGCGACUUUACAAAAGCAAAUGCCCCACUAUUAGUAUGAUCAUUCCUGUUUUCCUAAAAAUAAAAAAUAAAGAAAAUACACCAAAAUUCAACUUUGGAGAACUCUAUACUGAAGUGAAUUCUGUAAGUAAUGAAUUAUAUGGUUUUUAAUCUGUACCACUGGUUUUGUGUAAGACGUUACACGACCUUUUGUUUAAUGGCAAACCUAACUUUCCAGUUAAUCAGAAUCAAUAGUCAUAAUCAAACUCAAAAGGUUUCUAAUUGGAUUUUGAAAUAUUUCCUUAUCAUGAAAUGGAAGGUUUACGAAUCAUUCUAUAUUGGACUUUAAACAAGUCUAGAAAAAGAUUCUUUAAGUUCCAACCCAUUCGAUGUUAAGCCCAAUCCACAACAAAGGCCCCCUGGAUCCUCCAGUAUAGAGUACAUGAAACGCUAGUGUUUUCCCUUUCUCAUCUCACAAACAUUUUUCUAACGCAACUUCCUACAUUUUUCAGACGAGCUUAAUCAUUUAUGCAAGAAGGUGCAAAUUUUAGAGCAGAAGAGUGAAGAGGCUCUCAGAAACUCACCAGUGAAGUCAAUCUCAAUACGAUAUGGCAAAACAAAAGGGCAACUUCAAAAAGAUCAGGUAAAAUACAUGUUAUGAUUCUUGACCAUGGACUUAUAAGCGUAAUGCUCGCCCACCAAGCUGAUUUAACAUAAACAACCACAAUCAAUCUACUCAAUGAUGGAAACUUACAUGACAAAUCCUGCUUGAUGGACGUCACGUUCCCUAUUUGUUUGCUGUAUAUGCAUUCUCUUUUUGAAGAAAUGAAGUAUUCGUUAGACUGUGUCAGAACAAGAAUUACAGCCUCCAAGACCAAAAUGAAGCUCUUCUAGUACAAGUCCACAAGAGUCCACAACUGUAUUUACAAUCACUCAUAACUGCAACAAGCUACUCAUCCAGCAAUCUGACAUCAAGUGGCAUUUCAUGAGAACAGAACCGAAGUCAAAUUUCAGAUACGAACCACUCAAAAUUGUCAAAUACAAAGCCAGCGUUUCAAUAGUUGAGGGUGAUCUGUGCCUCACUAAAAUGAUGGUGAACAGUCAAGUUGAGAACCGACUCUUGAAAUGUCAUUCAAUAGCCAACCCAACUUCAUUAUAUAUAUUACUGUAUCUUAGCAAAAGAAUCGCUUGAAAAGGCAAAGCAAGCAUAAAAUCAAGUAUUACAUAAGUGGAUUAAACCCUAAUUACCAUCAGCAAUCAUAAAACUCACAGCAAACGUUUAUGGAAGCAAAAUCCCAUUUAGCUUAAAUCACACGAGUAACACCAUUCAGUUUCAAAAGAAGGGAGUACAGAAUACUUCCAAUUCACGCUGCUGGAUGAGGUAUACCCAGGAGCAGAUAGAAGCAAUUAUGGGGGGGGGGGGGAAGGAACUUGUCAGACAGAAUGCAACCAAAAAUACAGAUAAUUAAUUUUAUGAUUAUCAAAAGAUUGGAUGAAUGCCCGAACAGCCACAAAAGGCUUAUCAUCAUCAUCAUGCCAUAAAAGGUACAUUCAAGUGAUCAAGUCAUUGGUCCCCUCUGGCUUACAAACUCGAUGAAAUACAUGCCAUACAACCUGGGUGCUGAAAUUUAUUAAUAGUUCUGGAGCCAAGACCAUAACCAAGAACAACCCACCAUAUAACUCAGAAACAUUAUGAGCAAGUCCAUCAAAACAUGUUUUAAAAAGGUGUGAACCGUACAACACUUCAAGAAUAUGUUCAUCUCGACUAGUCUCUUAUGCAACUAUUGAAGUUGGCUACAUUAAAGAAAAGGGAGAGCAGUAACCACAAUUCUGCACUUUGACAACUAUAUGAAAGAAAUGCAAAUAGCAGCUUUCAGUCCUUAAAAUCUUCGGCUUUUAUGUUAUUUGAUGGACUCCAUUCAGGAGAGUUUCUUUGGGGAUCCAAGGCCGUUUUAACUUUUCAACUUCAAGAGGAUUAUUCACACGUAAAUUUUAUCAAAGGUUGUGACAUCUCUAUCACAAUUAUCAAAUGGAAGCUGCAGAACCUUUUCAUGUCCAAGCCACAGACUAAGCUUAUGAGCAACAAUCACAAUAAAACUGGCCUAAGAAAGCAACAGUGAGGUCAUUUCCUAUCCUUCAAGUGAGAUCAUAUCGGUGGAAAAUCACCAAAGAAAUUCUAAGUAAUGAUAAAGAGGAAUUCAAUAACACGUCGUGGAUGAUGACAUACUAGUUGAUCUAAUAAAGCCAAGGUGUACCCCACGCCAUAAACAUAGUCUUUAAACAACGAUCCAGUAUCUAGGUAGACCUAAUCAGCUCAUACAAAUUUUAUCAGAAAUUUAACGGAAUUAGAUUCUACAGAGGAAACUUUCGAGAGGAUAGAAGAAUCACCUAAACGUCGUCGCCGGGCUUCUGAGGCUUGCGAUACUUUUCUUCCACAACUUUGGCCUGAAAGAGAAACUCGUGGGCGACCUUCCUGAUAUUGGGGACGUUGUAGUUCUGAGCUAUGUAUAUCCCGCAAAUUGCGCCGGCGAUGAAUGUGAAAUUGCUUCUGAUUAUCCCCAUACCGAUAAUAACUUAACAAAAAUCCUUUUUAUCUUACUGAUUCUCUUCUGAUACAAAAAAAAAAAUCAAUCAAUUGAUUUGAUUAUCUGCGACAAAGGUAAGGACUCUUCCUUGGGGGAUUUUGUAGUUGGGAUUAACAAACGCCGCCUACGAAGAUGAGUUGGCAGAGCACGGCGGAGCACGCAGCCUUCAGUUACUAGUUGAAACAAGUGGACCUGUUUGCUACUUUUCGACUUGUUGGGGCCGGAAUACUAAUGUUGUGUCCAGUUUGUUCUUUUGGUUUUGGGCCAAUGACACUUACAAAAUAUAGUGUUCUGUACCUUCGGUCGUCCUCGAGGCUCUCCUAAACUCUUUUUUUC